AUUUAAUCUCAGCCGUCGAGAUCACACGUACGGUUAAGAUCGUCAAGGUACGCCAUACCCCGGAAUUUACCCGGGGUACGAUAGAACUCGCCAUAUAUAUAUAUAUGGUGGUGUCUUCGGUGCACUCACUUUUUUGGGUGCAUUCAAUGCACUCGCUUCAUAACCGUCAUUUUAAACAUGCGAUUUAUGUCAAAAUGAUGUCAAUCAUCACUUAUGAUGUGAUGAACAAUAACUGUCGCAACCGUCCCUCCGGGGGGUCCGAUGUGUUGUCGCGUCGGCAUUUUUGGCCAUCGAUCUUACUCGGAGUGGAUCGAACACUCUUCGAAUCGGCUCUACUCUUAGUGUCAGAACCGAGGCAUGGUCUGCGAAAAUAAAGUUUUGGGUUCGGGAGUACGGUUACGUGUGGGGAAGUUAAGCAACACCCCCACAACGCCCUAAAUCGGUACUACUUAAGUCGGUAAGUUUUUAUGCGAGUUGGGUGUAUUUUAGUAAUAAUUUUGUAAUUUUAGAGUCCCACUGGACCAUUAAAAAAAUUUAAAUCGUAUUAAUUGUAAUUUAAUUGUACGUCCACUGACGUAAACGAUAAAGUUAAUUGGUUAGUUGGACUCGAACCUUAUCGGUUGCCUACGUACCCGUUAGACGGGAUCAAAGUCCACGUAGUUCGUUUGAACUUUGAUAAUUUAAUUGUAAUCACGUUCCACUGAUCGUGAUUUUUGUAUUAUAAUUGAUGUUAAUAAAAUUUAAUUUAAUUAUUAUGAAAUUAUGAAAAGAUAAUAUAAUAAUUUAAGUUAUUAGGAAGAGGCUUGACUCGUAUUGGAAAAGAAACGGGAUAAACUUAAUCCGCAUUUAACAUUUCGUAUUAAGAACUAUAAACAAAUAAAGCUAAUUUGGAUGGUUAAAUUAACAAAUGAUUGUCGGCAGGCCAACUGGUCAAACCGCUAGUCUCCUCAGACCCCAAUACCGCGUUUUCGAAACGAACUGACUGCAUUUUUUUGAUUUUUUUCGUUUUAGUGUGGAGAUGGGGGAAGGGCAUUCUAGUAAUUGCAAAAAAAAAAUGCGGUGGCACGGCUGCGUAAUUAAUGAUAAACCUUAUGGGCAUUUUGGUCUUUACAACCAUUGGAGUAUAUAACUCUCUCUAAAGAAAACCCUAGUUCAGCCUUACCAAAAGCGGUCGCCGCUUCUGCUCUCUCUCUCCUCUCUCACUCGACUCCUUUCUUCUCCAGAGAACAAAAAAAAACGACAUCUUCUCUCUCUCUCUCGUUCCUCCUCUCGCCUUUAGAAACCCGAAAACCCUAGCUGCCGAACACCAAAAGAAAACGACGCCCUUCCCCAUCUCGAAUCUGCUUCUUCCUCUGCUCUUCGCUCUUCCCUCUCGACCGCCGAUAUCUCUUUUCUCGUCCUCUUGUUUUUCUCUGCCGAAACCCUCUGGGUUUACUCUAAAUCAAAACCCUGACUCUUAAUCCUACCUCAAUCCUCUUCUCUCAUUACUGGCCGCGAGAAAACAGCUCGGUCCACAACCAAUCUCCUAAUGGAAGCCCGAAUUAGGUAAGGUUUUAACAUGCAUGUGGUUUUAUUUGACGAUUUUGUUGGUUUGAAUUUGUUUCUGACCUUCGUUUUCUGAUUAUUUUUUUUAUGGGUUUUGGUUCAGUGAGGAGGAAGAAAAAGGCAGAAGAUGAGGAUAGACUCCUUUUUGGAAUCAGGCAAAAGGAUGACUAUAACCUCCCUAUUUCGAUCGGAAAUAGACGAACUAGGUAAGAUUCUUGACAUGCAAAGUCUUUUCAAUUCGUUUUAGGUGAUUUUAUUUGGGAUUCGACUAAUAUUUAUUUCAUUUUCUUGUGUUUUGGAUGUCGUCGACGGCGAGAUCCUGCCGAUGACGAUCUUCGUCUCCAAAAAAGAAAGGUAGGAUUUCGGCUCCUUAAUAUAUGUUAAUCUAUCAUUUUUAUUAUUAACAAAAAUAAUUAAUUUAGUUCGUUCCUUUUUGGUAGGUUUGAAAAAUAAAUCCAGAUCUGGGUAAGGCUCUUCUAACUUCGGUUUUGGUAUGACUAGGGAUGAUUUAACUAAGUAAACGGAUUAUUAUUGUUGAUUUGGGAUUGAUUAGCAGAUUUGAGUAUUAGAAAGUAAGUUUUGUGAAUGAGUUUUGAAGAAAAUGGGAUUUUGGUGCUUUGAUGGGUUUGAUGAAUGGAUUCGGAUGUAGUUUUGAUAUAUUAGAAGUUGCUAAAAUGAUUUUUAAUCUAAUUAACAUAGACUAAAUUGCUUAUUUUGGCUAUUAUAAAUCACCGCCACUGCCUGUGAUUUUGCGAAAUUGGUAUGGGUUUCAAACUCUGGAAUUUAUUGUGCUUGAGUGAUUUUUGUUGGAUUUGGAUCCAGGUUGAUCCAAGGACUUAGGAAAAGUUUGUUUUGAUUGUUAUAUAAAAAAAACUAUGUACUAUAUCUUGUUUUACUUUAAUCUGUACAUGUAUAUGUAUGUAUGGCUACGAAUGAGGAACAUCUAAACAUGGCAAAAAGAGUUUAAAACAAAACAUCCAACUCUCUAGUCAUAAUUAAGUUAAUCGGUAUAAUAGUAAUCUCAUAGCCCAAACUAUUAAUAUGAGAAGGAAAAAAACUUUAAUGAUAGAGUUUAAUGAAAUUGAUAAGAGUAGAUCUUGAUAAAUAAUAUUUGACCAUCACAUAGCUUGUAUUGGAAAAUAAUCGUGAGUAUAAAUAUGCAAAUAGAUGGAUGAUUGUAUAACGUCAUAACGAUUGUGUAAAUUUGAUGUCAUAACGAUUGUGUAAAUUUGAUAAAAUGAAGUCGAUACAAGUACCAACCUGGAUCAAGGCCUAAGAAUGGCCUUUCCCUACAACGAUCUUCAAAUCUGCUCCUUCAAUUUCACAUUUUCCCCACUGAACUUCCACUGAACUUUGGCUAAGGGCAGGAACAAAAAGACGAUACCUUUGCAAUGUGUAUGUUUCUAUUUUUUUUUUUUCUGUUUUUCUCCUCCUCCCCCCCUAAAACAAAGAGCCCCAAGAGCUCAUUUAUAGCAAAAAAGCUGUCCCGCGUGUCUUUUCUUCAUUGGUCGAUUUUGAGGCCCAUUGUGAGGCCUCCAACACAGUUGGUCGGUUCUGCCUGGUCAGGAUAGGGUUGGCAGUUAGCACACAGUUUUAAGCUGAAAUGGCAGAGCUGUGGGCCUGUAUUUUGGGCCGACUUGGCCUUCGUUUGGGCUUGGAUGUUUGUUGGGCCGAGCUCUGGGCUUGGAAUCAGGCCUUGAUCUGACUGGUUUUCUCUUAUGUUCCAGGUCUCCAGGGCUGGGCCUAAAAUGAGGGGCUGAAGAAAAGAACUAGUCUUUCUUUGUACAUGUAGAAUUUGUAAUGGCCCAUGUAAUUACAUUUUCCUUCAAUGUCGAUGCAAAUUACGAUGUAAGAAAUCAAUUAGCAAAGUUUAUUUUAGUCUUUACUGAUUCGUGCUCUAUAUAUUGUAAUUUGUAUCAACAUCCAAAACAGGAAGCAUACUAAAUUCCUAAUCUCAAUGCGUAGAACAAUAAUUGAUAAUCAUUGGUUCAUAUCGACUUGCUACUGCUAGUCUCAACCAAUUCACUUCAAGUUAUCUUUCCAAAUAUAAUUGUAAAGCAAUGUUACAUCGAGUUGUUUUUUUAGUAGAACGAUUACCCCGGACAAAAUGUGGUGUCUACAAUAACGCACAUGAAUUUGCACAAAAACCAUUAAAGAUUUACUUUAAUUUGAAAGAUUUAGAGUUAAGAGAUUUAGGGUUAGGGUUAGGGUUUACAAUUUGGGGUUUAGGGAUAGAACUCAAAAUUGGAGGUCUAGGGCUUAGGAUAAUUCGCUAAUUAGUUGUUAGCAUAUGUUAUAUCAUCAUAUUACACUAAUUCUACAAAUUAAAAUUCAAAAUCUGACACCUUAAGACUAGUUUUUGAGUUGGGUGGAUUGAACGCACUCAUUUUUGUGAGUGCACCGAAGUGGUCACCUAUAUAUAUAUAUAUAUAUGGUGGCGUAUUCGGUUUGCACCCACUUUUUUGGGUGCAUUCAAUGCACUCGCCUCAUAAUCCUCAUUCCGAGCAUACGAUUCAUGUUCAAACGAGAUCACCCGUCUUUUAUGAUAUUAUGAACAAGAAACACUUUAAUAUACAAAAAAAAAAUCAAGAUUUACUUUUCUUGCUGUUCCCGGAAUACAAUAAAAAUCACAUAACUUCUACUUGAUUGAAGCUUGGAAACAACAUUAAAAGACGUAAAAGAACAACAACCAACCUUUGAAAGAAAGACAUAAAAUAAACUCUUAACUCACUAACCACCAGAAACUAGAUCAAAAGAAGGAAAUCUCGUUCACCUUUUCCAUGAGAAGGAAAUGACUCUAUUAUAUGUCAAUUAUGUUGGUCUUGAUUCCUAAAGAUGCCAAGCAAAGUUAAAAAUAAAAAACUGUAACUGUGUGCAUUCGAUAUUCUUUAACAUAACAUCAAGCGAUAACUAAAUUAGCCAACAAUCUAUAAACAUAAUCUACUUACUGGUCCAUGUUAAAUGAUAGUUCCUGAAACUGCCAUUCUUCAACAAAGGGAUAAAUCAGUUGGGAGGAGAACAUCAGUCCUGAGAUAGUGAGAUUGUUGGAUCAAGAAACAAAUAAAAAAAGAAAGCCUUCAGCCUCGAACAUACAUCGUCCGUAGAUAAAUAGCUUCUAAAACCAACCAUAGGCAUCAAACACUUUGCUUAAAAGCUGGAGCGCAAAAGAAACAUGAAAGCCAAAACAUUUAUCACACCAAACAUGCAAAAAAGCAAAAUCAAAGGUGAAAUAUGAGUUUUAAAACUCAUGAGCAUCAAAAAAACUCAUCCACAAGAAGUUACCAUCAAAAUCAAUGGCAAACCGACAAGCUCCUUCAGGACACAAUUGAGAGUUCAAACGAAGGUGUCUUCGCAUCCAACAUCCUUUACUACCCAAACAGAAAUAGCCAAACACAUAUUAAAGCAAAAGAAGAAACAAAAAACUUAAGAACAAAAGAAAAACAUAACUGAAAUUGUAAAAACAAACACAACAUUGGCAAAUAAUGGGAAAAUGAACACAAUGGAAAAGCAGAUAAAGGAAGGAAGUCACAACAGCCGACGCGACAUUGGAAAAUAGAGAAGAGAAUAGCUCUUCUACUUCUUCCUAUUCUUCAGUUUCUUUCCCAUAAACCAGUGAUUCUGGUCUCCCAAACAGAGGAUGGAAACUCACCAUCUAACCAAUCCGCCAACAAACAACAGACAACCUGUAUCCCAUAGCAAACUCAUUCCCGAUGUGGCUUUAAGUUUGAUGAAUACAUUGAGAAAACAACGGUUCAGCAGAAGUCAAAACCCUAAAGUUAAGCAAAAAAUGAAGGGAUCGGUUAGCUUGACUACCCCUAAAAGGUAGUGAUUUUUGACACCCCCUUUAUGAUUGGCCAAUUUUAUUUCCAAUCAUAGGCAAGUAUUAAUUAAACUGGUUUUUUAUUUUUUUUAAUCUUGUAAUUUGGGGUCUCUCACCACAUUGGAAAAGAGAAAGAAUCUGGGGAAAAACGAAAUCACCCCCAUUAAUUACAUAAUUAAUUUCUCUCACUGGUACAUUAAUUACACGUACCACUCCACUGGUACACGUACCACUCCACUGGUGCGAGCAAUCCACAAGGUAGGUUAGAGUGAGAACAAGACCAGUGCAAUGAUAUUUUUCAUAACAAUGAUAAACAAUAACGGAGCAACAAUGCAGUACCACUUCAAUGAUACAAAUACCACUCCACUGGUACACGUACCACUCCACUGGUACACGUACCACUCCACUGGUACACGUACCACUCCACUGGUGCGAGCAAUCCACAAGGUAGGUCAGAGGCGAUCCCAGGAUGGCGGCAGCUGGAGAUAGGAGGAUGGUGGUGGGGGAAGGCGCUGGAGGGUUUUGGUCGUUUCAGAGUAGAGGAGGGUUCUGGUUAAAAUGAAAUCAAAAUGGAAAGAGGGCCCAAAUGGAGAGAGAAGGAGACGAAAGGAAGAAAAAAAGGCAAUUAAUUGCACAUUUGGGGGGGGGGGGAGCUUUUUUCUGAUUCCCCAUAUUCUUUCCCUUUCCAAUGUGGGUGAGAGACCCCAAAUUACAAGAUUAAAAAAAAUAAAAAACCAGUUUAAUUAAUACUUGCCAAUGAUUGGAAAUAAAAUUGGCCAAUCAUAAAGGGGGUGUCGAAAAUCACUACCCCUUUAGGGGUUAGCAUAGUAUCCCACCCCAAAAAUGAAAAAGAAGCUCGAAACUCACUCUUCAACUAAUCAGUCGACAGACAACUUGUAUCCCAUACGCAAGCUCAUCCCCGGCGUGGCUUUAAGCUCGGUGAAUCAAUUGAUAAAACAAUGGCUCAGCAGAACCAUCGCCAGGCCUCCAUCCGUACCAGCCUUCGUCGUGAUUGUGUAGCCUACUUUAGAGCUCCAUUCAAAGAAGAGUGUUGAGAAUCGAGUCAGGAGCUUCAUACCACAUGAGAGUACGUAUGUUACUUCACAAAGACAAGGCAUUAGAUUAUUGAUUGCUUACCUAGAAGGCUUCGAUUAAAAGGUUCAAUGAUUAACAUCAAGGUUGUUUUGUUGUUUGAAGCUGAAGGCGGCAGAGUUUAGUUUUCCUUGUUGCAUUCGGAUUAGGACUGUUUUUGUUUCCAUGUUUAAUUUGACUUUCCUUGUUGUUUUAUGUUAAUUGUUAGGCUCUAUUUAAACACAUGAAGGGUCUGAUAAACGACGGAUUAUGAUUGAUUAAGAUUAAACCCUAAAACAGAGUUUUUCGUGCCUUGUUUUUGGUGAGAGUUUGGCCGAGAAAACCAAGCUCGGUUUGAGCUCUGUAUCGAACAAUCACAUUGAUCGUAGGCGAGCAGCGACUUAUAAUAGUUGAGCCUUCCUCCAGGUGUAGGAUCGCACACAAUUUCCAUCCAUCAUCAUUCUUUUCACUCGGCAAGACUGUUUGGGAGUUUUCCGAGGAGUCCAUCCUGUUUUCGAAGCUUGAAAUUCCAAGCUUGAGUUCUAGAAAUCGAAACCAUCCCUUUUGGGGUGUAUUACCCAACCGACCAAUUACAAAAGCAUGUAAAACUCGUCCACGACCCAAAAUUCGUGAACAUCGAGCUCAACUCGCUCUAACUAGAUCAAAUUAGGUCGAAUACCCAUUGAUUUAAACUUGUAAAACUUGUUGUCGACCAAAAAUUUGUCAACACCAGGUUAAACUCACUUUGACCGACUCGACAUUAGGUCGAAUACCCAUUGAUUUAAGCGUGUAAAAUUGGUUGUCGACCCAAAAUUCGUCAACACUUGGUUCAACUCGCUUUUAUCGGGUCGAAUUAGGUCAAACACCUAUUGAUUUGGGUUGAAUUUGAGUACGGUUGUUAUCAGUUAAUUAAUUAGGUAAAGCAUGUAAAACUCGUCCUCGACCCAAAAUUCAUUAACAUUGAGUUAAACUCGCUCUAAUUGGGUCAAAUUAGGCCGAAUACCCGGGUUCAACUUGCUUUAAACGGGCCGACAUUGAUAUAAGCGUGUAAAACUCGUUGUGGACCCAAAAUUCGUCAACACUGGGUCCAACUCGCUACCCAUUGAUCUGAGUUGAAUUUGGGUACAAUUGUUAUAAGUUAAUUAAUUAGGUAAAGCAUGUAAAACUCGUACUCAACUCAAAAUUCGUUAACACCGAGUUCAACUCGCUCUAAUCGGGUCGAAUUAGGUCGAAUACCCACUGAUUUAAGCGUGCAAAACUGGGAAAAUUCGAACGGGUUCAACUCGCUUCCCAUUGUUUUCGCUUGAAUUUGGGUUCAAUUGUACCUUAAUGGCACAAAAUUUAAAGAACCAAAUUUCCUCUUCUUUCUCUUCCCAAAAAGUUGAAUACACCCCAAUUUCCCUCUUCUUUUAAAAGCAUCAAAUUACCAAAAACAUUGCUUUACUUUAUUUAGAUGUAAUUGAUAAUUUCAUUGAAUAGUUAAAUUAACCAAAAAUUUAAUUUAUAUAUUAUCUUAAUACUUUCCAUGAUCUCAAUUAUUAAUUAUUAAUAUUAACAUUGUGUUGAUUUUAUAUUUUAUAUUUACUUUUUAAUUUUUUUUGAAGAACUUAGUGUUCAAGUGACGUUCAUGUUUCAAUUUUUGUAAUUUUCUUAAAAUACAUAAUAUCACGUGAGUUUCAUAUUUUUAAAUUUCCUAUACGAAAUGAAAAAAAUAAUUUUACCUAAGUUUAGAAUGAAAAAUUUUAUUUUGAAAAACUAUGUAUUGUAUAUAUAAUAAUUAUUCAAGUGAAUUAUGUGAAGUUCGGGUUGAGUCGAUCGGGUUACUGGUUAGUCGGGUUUGGUUCAAUCGGGUUCGGGUUAAUCAGGUUGCGGGUUAGUUGGGUUGAGGGUCAAUCGGGUUGGUGGUCGGGCGGGUUACAGGUUGACCUUUAGUCAAUUGGUUGCGGGCAGGUUGCAGGGCGGGUUAAUCGGACCGGGUUCUGUUUUGCACCUAUAGCUGCAAGACUAUAACAAUACUAGCACGAAAUCCCGCACUGUGAAUUAAGUAACUUGAAAAUAUAAAUAUACAAUAAUAUAUUAAAUUUGUCAACACCAUGUUUACGUGAUUUAAUCGGAUCGAAUUAGGUUGGAUUCCAUCUAUAAAAUGACAUUGUUUUGUUUUUAAUACGAACUAGGAAACACGAACUAUUAAGAAUGUGUCAUUUUAUAGAUGGAUAACCCUAAUUCGAUCUGAUUAGGUUGUUUUUAACAUUGUUUUGUUUUUCACAAAAUGGGGGUCAUGUUUAAACAAAAAUUUACAUCCGACACAACCUGUUAAUUAUAAAAGUAGGUAAAACUUAGACCCUAAAGUUGUAAACACCCAUUUCAUCCCGCUUUGACCAUGUUGAAUUAGGUUGUUUUAUUUGAAUUAUAUAUUAUCAUAGAAACUAAUAUUAGAAAUAUAUCUACAUAAAGUGACAUUAUUUUUGUUUUUUUAUGGAUCAAAUAGAAAAAGGCCCGAGUUUUAAAACAUAAGCCACAAUGUGGAUAUAUUCUUCAUGAAAGAGCAAGUAUUGCAGUUAAUUUUUACGUCAGCAUAUAUCAUUGAGUUAAUGCAUGCUAAAUAGUCCUUCUAUGACGAAUAAGUUCUGCCAAUCAAUCUUCUGACCUAGAUACGGAAAUGCAUAUAUCGAACUUCAUGAAGCUAAAUUUUAGUUUGCUGGAAAUUUUGAAAAAUGGUGGCAAGAUAUGUAAAAUUAUUAUUACACAAAGCAUAGUCCUCUACUCAUGAAAAUGAUAAUAUCUUUUCAUUCCCAGGAUUCGACAGCUAAUGUUAAUACUUCAUAUAGGAAAUGCCCCAAGACCAAUUAUGUUAUGUUCUAAAAAGCAAGAUACUGGAUAGGACACAAUUGAUUAAAAACCUGCAAUCUGGCAAGACCGUGCUAAUACAUGUAUCUUUUACAACAAAAAAAAAAAAAAAAACAAACAAACAAACAAACAAACAGAAAGAAAACCAUAUACGUAUUGGCAUUUCCCAGCUGCAGAAGACCACCAAUUCGCAGCAUUGAGCUUCCUCACAUUGACUUCUAUUAUUCUGAUCCUCUUUAAUAUGUGUCCUUACAUAGUACGCAUAAUCAGUUUCCUUGGCAAGAAAGGCGUAUUGGUCUCUUGAAAACUAGUACAUAACAUAACUGGAUUGUAAAUGUUCAAACCUUUGGUAAUCCAAAAUCAGCAAAUUGAAAGCAAUUAAGGGUUCAAUAUAUUUGGUACGAAUCAGCAAAUCAGGGGAAAAAAUCCCAAAGUACACACGUUCUUAAAAAAAAUUCCCAAAAUACAUGAGUUAUAAAAAAAUUUCCCAAAGUACACAUGUUUGAGCAUCACCGUUUUAGACAAACGCGGUGAAGAUCAUCACCGCGUUUGACGAACACGGUGAAUACUUCAUCGUUUUAAACAAAAACGGUGAAGUAUUCACCGUUUCAAACCAAAACGGUGAAGUUUUCACCGCGUCAAUUAAGAACGGUGAACACAUCACCGUUUUGGUCAAAAACGGUGAAGCCUUCACCGUUGUUAACUAACGCGGUGAUCAUUUCCCACGUUUCCCACCCCUGGUAGGUCAAAAUUAGGUCGCAGCUACCACCUAUUCACCGUCUGAGACAAACGCGGUGAUAGUGUUCACCGUUUUUGACAAAAACGGUGAACAGUAGGCAGAUUUUCCUAUAAAUAGCACACCACCAGCAGUUGUAAAAACAUAACCACUCCCCUUUCUUCAAAUUUCAGCAGCCAAAAUCGAGCAUAAUACACAGAACAGAAAUUUUUCGGUAUGUUGAGACUUUUCGUAUUAUAGUCUAAUUAUGUUUUUAGUAGUUAUAGUAUGAUUUAAUUUUCGUAUUAUGUUGUUGUUAGUUAGUUGAACUUAUGUUCGUUAGUUAUAGUAUGAUUUAAUUUUCGUAUUAUGUUGUUGUUAGUUAGUUGAACUUAUGUUCGUUAGUUAUAGUAUGAUUUAAUUUUCGUAUUAUGUUGUUGUUAGUUAGUUGAAUUUAUUUUCGUUAGUUAUGGUAUGAUUUAAUAUUAGUUGUACAAUAUGAUUUUGGUUAAUUUUACUGUCUUUAAGCUAAUAGAUACUUAUUGUAAAUUGUAGAUAUGGGUAAAUUCAAGAAGUUUCAUCUUACUAUUCGGUGGAAUGGAAGGGUGACAAACUCUGACAUAGGCAUUGAUUAUGAGGACGGCGAAUCCAUUAUGCUGAAAAUUGAAUCCCGAUUCAAUUUUCAAGAACUCUAUGAUCUUUGUGCAGAAAGGGUUUGUACGAGCGGACAGACGAGACUUGGCAAAAUUACUUACCGGUAUCCAGACAUGAGUGCUGGCGGGGUCGUGUUCCAAGAAGUUGUCAUAAACGAUGAUGACGCGGUUAUGAUGAUGUUACAGUUCCUAAGCGAUAACCAAGUCCGGCUUGCAGAGGUGUAUGUUGAGACCGAGGCGCUCGGUGAAUCUCAUUCUCACCAGUAUUCUUAUGAUGAUGGUUUUGCAGGAGGGUACGAAUGGGGUGGUAGUUCGAGCAACUACCAAGGCGGUGGUUAUACAGGAGGUUACGGGGAGGGUGGUGGUUCAAUCAACUACGGUGGAUCGAGUAGUGCAGGAUGGGACCAAUACUCGCAACCUCCUAAACCAGCCCCAUUUGUUGAGGGCGAUGGUGUUCAAUGGCCUGCUUGGGGGCCAGAGUGGUAUGGAAUCGAGAAUACCAUUCGAUCAGGGCGUACUUCACAUGAGCGAGAGGACGAUGUUGGUGAUCGUGGUCAUGUUGAUCCUUCUAGCUCGAGCUAUCCAUUCGAGUCAAGCGACGAGGAUACUGAGGAAGAUUUGAUAUCAGUGAGCGAGGAGGAGGAAGAUACUGAUGAUAACGAGGAUGAGGCGGCAUUUCGUGAGGCACCCACGCCAUAUUACACACAGGUUCCAACUCAAUUUUUACAUAGUCAGAAUGAUCCCCCCGACUUUGUCCCUAUGCCAGUGUACAAUCCGACGGCCAAUCUGGAGGUGGGUAUGGCGUUCACAUCGAAAGACGCUGUGCAGGAUGCAUUUACAGAAGAGGCGUUGAGGCGCAAUUUCGAGUGGAAGGUAAAAUAUUCUGACAGUAAACAAUUACAUGUCAUAUGCAAGCAUGAUGCAGAGGGUUGUACAUGGCAACUGCGGGCUGCAAAUAUGAAGAGAAAGGGUGCUUGGGUGAUUCGCAAAGCUGAGACGAUCCACACAUGCUCCUCUUCUAUACUUUCCCAAGAUCACAGGCAACUAAAAGCAAAGAAGGUUGGGAGAACUAUUAAGCACCUUAUAGAAGCACAACCAGAUAUCAAGGUGAAAGCUAUCAUGGCAGAGGUGAAGGAUCGACAUUCUUACACGAUAAGGUACAAAAAAGCAUGGCAUGGUAAGCAGAAAGCCAUGGCUGAGGUGUAUGGUGAUUGGGAGGAUUCGUAUGCUUUACUCCCUAGACUUAUGGGAGCAAUGGAGGAGUCCAAUCCUGGGACUGUUUUCGUCCCAGUAUACAACAAUGUAUACACUGAGGAUCAAGUUCGAGUACAGGAUAAGCUGAUGCUCCCAUACCCACAGUUGAACGAUGAACAUCGCAGCACCAGCUUGCUUUGCCCCAACCUUCGAGCAAGUACACAGCUCCCGGUAUACGCCCGCUAGCACGGCCGAUCCCCAACUCUUCUCUCCAAUUGCAUCCCAGUCACCGGUGAGCAAUGGCAACCAUAUGCCUUGAAUCCACCGGUUGGACUUGUCGGGGAACAAAAAUCCACCCACCAAACCGAUGAGGUAGAUGCGGGCGUAGCGCUCGACUUGUUCUUCCGGUGUCUCGUCAUUGAUUUCCACCUCUUGCUGGAUGUGAGAUACCAGCCACGGGACCGACACUUGCCCCGCAUUCAACGGUGGAUGCCCCCGUCCUUGAUUUGGUGUGGUGGUCGGCAUGUCGAAGCCCAAACGAUCACGGAUGAGCGGCCCCCAACCUCCUCCGGGUUUGGUCGUGUUCCCAAUGAUGGCAUCUCCAGAUAUAGGAAGCCCGGUGAGGAUCGCCACGUCUUUGAGGGUGAUCGUCAUUUCCCCCUCCGCAAGGUGGAAUGUAUGGGUUUCGGGACGCCAUCGUUCCGCCAUUGCCGUAAGCAGAUCGUUAUCGAUCUCGAUCCGCAAGAAAUGGCGCAACAUUCCCAAACUGGUCCUCGCUAUAUAGGGCUCCAACCUUGGAUGCCAAGCGGGCAAGUUAUUGGUCCCUUUAUGAACCACGGGAACAAGAGAUUCCUAAAAAAAAAAGGAAAAACAUCAAUUUAUUAGAUUAAAUAAAGCAAAAUAAAACAUUAGAAAAUAAUAAAAUAAAGCAAGUCAGUUCAUCAAAUUACCGGAUUGUUAUCCCAAAUGGCACGGGAGCGAUGCAUUUCUUGAUCGGUUAAGAGACUCGCAUCCCUUGGGCCAUAAUGGAUAUACAAUCGAGGAUCGUAUAUCUCGGCACCCAUCUAUAAAAAAGUAAUGAAAUCAGAGAUUGUUUUGAUAAAAAAAAAUCAAAUUGUUUCGAUUAAAAAAAUCACAAACCAAAAACCUACACGAAGAGCCUCUUCGUCCAUUAUUGGCGUAAGCCGGACAGAGGUUCGACGGGUUUAGCUUUGUAAGGGACGGGAACUUAGCGGGACGGGGGCUUUAGGGUCAAACUCUAGUAAUUCUUUCUGAUGUGGAAGAUCGUACUUAGCCGCAACCACAGAGCAUACUUAGAACGAGACUAGAGCGGAUAAAUUGAGGGAGAAAGAAGUGAAAUGUUUGUGGGGUGAGUUGAAAGUGAAAGGGGAAGGGGGUAUUUAUAGUUGGGGGAAGGGGGGGAGGAGCUGCUGCGCAGUAAAUGUGGGGGAGCAUUCACCGCGUUUGAUGAACGCGGUGAAGGACUGGCAUUCCCCGAAACCUGUUCCCCGUCCACGUGGCUUGCUGUGAGGCGUCGGAUCGUGGGAAGAAAACCACGAUCCGCGCCUCACCGCAUCUAACGGCCACGAUGAAAGCACACUGGCGCGGAUCGCUGACGUGGCAGACACGGGUUAUUCACCGUGUUUGUCUAACGCGGUGAAUACCCCGUGUCUGCCACGUCAGCAACUUCACCGCGUCCUAGAAAAACGGUGAACUGCUCACCGUUUUUAAUUAAAACGGUGAUUCUUUCACCGUUUCAGUUUAAAACGGUGAGACAUUCACCGUUUUAGACAAAGACGGUGAAGGCAUCACCGUUUUACUUUAAGACGGUGAAUUGUUCACCGUUUUAGUCUAACGCGGUGAUAUCCUUCACCGCGUUUGUCUAAAACGGUGAUGCUCAAACAUGUGUACUUUUGGAAUUUUUUUUAUAACUUAUGUAUUUUGAGAAUUUUUUUUAAUAACUAGUGUACUUUGGG